AUGCUUCACAGAUUGUCCCAAAUCCCAAUUUGGGUAGAAGAGUUUAAAGCAGCUCACAUUAAGCCAGCCUUGGCUGCUAGGGCGACUCCGAAGUGGCAGAAACGUCCAGUUGGGUUUGUAAAAUUGAGUGUGGAUGCAGCCUUUGAUCAACUUUCGUGUCGAGCGGGUUUAGGUGGUGUGUUCAGAGAUCACAAUGGGGCCUUUCUUUAUGGGUUUCGACACACUUUCGCAGCUGCUCAUUCUGCUAGACAUGCUGAACUCUUAGCAUUGGUCUUGGGAGUGCAAUUGGCCAUUGAUAAUCACCUUACACCUUUGCUAGUGGAGACUGAUUGUCUGGAUUUGGUGUCUGCAAUAUCCUCUUCUUCCUUGGAACUGGGUUUUCUGUUGGCAGACUUGCGGGUCUUGUUGCAUGAUGCACAGAACGCUAGAGUCCUCAAGGUUGGAAGACAGGCUAAUGAUGUGGCUCACCUCUUGGCUCAAGAGGCCAAGCAUGCUGACUAUCAGCUAGAUCUUUUUGCAUGCUGA